UUACAAAAAACGGCUUCUACGGGACCAUAACGUAAGAUACACGGUAACGGAGACUUUUAUACAUUGUCGUGUUUCUUUAGAAAUAAACAAUGGACAAAUGGAGUCUUUAAAAGCCUCAGAUGUAAACUUAUUCGCUGUCAAAGUGACGCCAAAAUGAAUGGAAGUCAAUGGAAUGCUAACAGUAUUUGAUGGCUUGCUAGCCAAUGGCGGCCUGCAUGGUACGCUUUCCGGGUGCUGGAUAACUCCCUUUGUGCGAACAUGUCUUGCUGUGUAGCAUACAAAUGUUCUAAGAGACAAGUCUCUUCUUCCGCGUUAAGCUUUUUCAGGUUCCCCCUCAAUGAUAAAGACAGGUUGCAGAAGUGGAUCCACAAUGUGAAGAGAAAGGGCUGGACACCAAACAAGCAUUCUCGCCUCUGCUCCCUUCACUUCACACCGGACUGUAUCAUCACUGCCCAGGAACGAAACAGACUUAAACCAGACGCGGUGCCAACCAUCUUCUACCCCCAUUGCCAGGUGAAGGUCGAGGUGAGGCACACCAGAGUAAGAGUCAGUAAGAACACAACGGUUAGAGAGAAUGACUCUGACACAAAAGCUGGUAUACGCAGGAACUUCAGUCAUGACCAUGAUUACAACAGUGGCACUCGCAGUGAACCACAGACAGCCGAGAUGAGUGUAAGCAGCUGCAGCCAUAGCCAUUCUGCAGAUCAUGGUGCAUAUACACUGAAAGAUUCCCUCAGUCCGCUAAAGAGGAAGUUAUCAUAUGCUCAAAGUAGCUUGCGUUCUUGCAAGAAAAAAUUGAAGCUUCAAGAGCAGAGAGUCCGAAGACUGAAGCAGAAAGUGAAGUCUCUCUCUCUUCAGUUGUCACUGAUCUGAAAGAGAAGCUGCUUGUUUCCACCAGCUGAUAUGCUGGAGGCUUCCUUUAGCGGUGUUGCGAA